AUGGACAACUCAACCACCGCGCAUAUGAGCAACCCACCCGUCCACCGAGGCUCGUGGGGCUCUACAUCUUCAGCCUUCUCCAAUAUCGAGAUGUCCUUCUCCCACGACAGUUGCUAUGGCUCAGAUGAAGUAUCGGUCACAUCAAACGGUACCGCCCCUGGACAGUCGAAUGGUUCGACUUCCACCGCCAAACAAUCUCUUCGCCCUUUCCUGAAAUCGAUUCUCAAAAAUUCUUCCGCCAUGAUUGAAUCCGAUGAAGAGUCCGAUUCGGAAUCGGGCUAUAGCUCAGAUGGAAUCGAUUCAGAGUACGAUGCACUUUCCGAUGAAGAGGAGGAAGAUGAUUAUAUGUCUGACUUCUCAGUCUGGGAGGAAACUUCUCGAGAUGCGCCUGAGACGCAUGAAGAUCAUACAGAGUCGUUUGAUGAUGUCUUCAUCUCCUUCGAGGAGAACUCUGUACGAUUCGCUCUUGAAGUGCAGUACAUCGACACCCCGGAACUAUCCGAUGACGAAGAACCUGCUACUCAAAUGACAUGUCACGAGAUGAUGAUGCUUGCACGGAAUUCCAGCGGCACUCAAACACUCUUGGAUCAGCUCGACAAGAUGGACAUCGGCGACGAAAACGAGGUUGUUCGCAAAUCUACCAACCAGCCUGAAGAGUUUUCGCGUGAUGCUGUGGAUCUGGACCGCAGUCUGUUUGUCGCUUACAUGAAUGGAAUUCACGGAGUCACCAACAAGACAUUCGAGGAGCAGUACGAAACAUACCUUCGAACCCAAGUUGACCACAUUCGCUUGGGUAAGGACAUCGAAUGCAUGAGUCCUGACGAUGCGCCUUCGUUGUACCUCGACCUCAUUUCUAGCCAUGUCAUCGGCACAUUUUUCAAUCUACUCGCCGAAGACGAAUUGAACGAGUUGAUCACACUCCGCGCAGAAGAGCAGAUCGGCGAACAAGAAGAUUCAAUUUCAUCAACUCUCAACUUGGACCACCACCAGGUCCUCCUGAACAAGAUUGAAAAAUUCCUCAUGGAAAGAUUAGCAGAUGGCCUCGUCGAUGUCGCUCCCGACGAGUUGACCCUCUUUGCGGGCGGUAUCGUGCAUGACCUCGAUGCCAAAACAUUGCCUGCAAAGGUUUGA